AUGCCCUCGGUGUACUUGGAGUGUGUGGACGGCAUCAGCAGCAAGUUUUGGCAGUGUUCCAUAAAGGGCUGCGAUGUGACUAGCACUUAUGGCAAGAUUGGAGGUGCCCCCUCGAGCACGACGAAGAGCUUCCCCACGGCGGAGAAGGCGCAGGCCUUCUACGACAAGGAGGCAAACUCGAAGAUGAACAAAGGCUACCAGAUGAAGGGCAAGAAGGUCAAGGCGGCGCCGGCGAAGGUGAUGAAAGCGGCGAUGAAGGUCGCGAUGAAGGCCAUGGCCAAAGCCAAGGCGAUGAAGGUCAUGAAGGUCGCAGUCAAGGCGAGGAUGGCAAGGGCCCGCUGGCGGGCAAGGUGCUUUGCUUCACCGGGGCCCUGA